AUGUCUUCCAAAGGCCCCGGUAUUUUCUCCGACAUCGGAAGAUUAUCCAGAGAUAUCCUUACCAAAGAUUACAACUCCGAUCAACGGUUCACAAUAUCCUCCUCCACCAACUCCGGCAUCGAUUUGCAUUCAACGUCAUUGAAGAGUAGAGGACUUUCCUCCGGUGAUGUUGCUGCUCAAAUUAACCACAAAAAGAAUACUCUUCUUUUCAAAGUUGAUACCGAAUCAAGUGUGUUGACAACAUUUACUCUCACAGAUUUUGUGUCUUCUGCAAAAGCCGUUGCUUCUAUUCGAUUACCUGAUUACAAAUCCGGAAAGAUUGAGGUUCAAUAUCUUCAUGAUCAUGCUGGUUUUACUACUUCUGUUGUUUUAAAUUGCAACCCUGCUAUUGAUUUUUCUGCGUUGACUUGUGGAAGUGCAGGUUAUGGUUGGUGUGGAGGAAACUCUUUGAUGUCCACUGCCUGUUUUUGUGAAUUUAUGGGAGUUAAAGACUUGCUUAAAGGCUUUUCUGUCACGUGCCUGCGGGUUCGAAGAGAGACCUCUGCUUUGUUGAGAAACACACGUGCUAGAACAAACUGCUCAACAUGA